AUGCCAACGCCAAAUGCUAUCUACAGCAAUGCUCAGCAAUCCUCGGCUGCCUUUCCUGGGAUUUCCGGCAUCUCUGUUUCAAAGGCUGAUGUUGUAGAGUCUGUAUAUAAUAAUAAUAGCAAUAGCAGUGUCAAAGAGACAAGUACACCUCUCUUUCGAGAUCUAUAUUCGCAUUUGAAUCCUCAACAACAUCAGCAACAAUAUGAGCAACAGCAACAGCACCCACAUGGCCAUCAGUCGAUGCACUCGUCAUAUUCGCUUCAACAUCUUCAAGGUUUCACUCAUAGCCAUGGUCACGCUCAUGGUCGUGGUCGUACUCCUACUCACAGUACACAGCCAGGUCCUGAUCCAGCGGUAAUGGAGUUCAUAUCCAAGAUUGGUCAGAUUAUUGUCAAGGCAAGAACAACUUCUCCUCCCAUCUCGUUUGAGCAGCCAUCUCCAUCGCUAUCAAAUUCGGCAGGGUCGGCAUCAGACAUGGUUCAGAACAGUCAUUACCAUACGGUCUUACUUCAACAACAGAACCUGGAGCUGGUACUUCAGGACAUGGACCUUUGGCGUAAUAAUACACCAGUGCAUAUUAACAUCUUCCACGCUGCUCAACAUGCAUUGCUGGAGCGAUGGGUGAUCUCAUAUACACCUGCAACUGGAUCAACAUCCGGUUUAAUGGCUUGUACGGCUGAUUCUGCAAGAGGCUCAAAAAGUUCGUAUACCAGUUAUCAUUCACCCAAGGCCAACAAGCACCUACAGACUCAAUCUACACGUUCAUCACCAUCUGCAUCGGGCUCUUCUUCUCCGUCAACAUCAGCUUCAGUACCACCCAAGGACACAACAGAUCUCAUCCUUCUUUUACAAUCUCUUUAUACCCAGAUCCGAUCGCUUCCGCUACAGAAUUGUCUGACAGCCUUUGGCGAGCCAAAGGCAAAACUGACGAAAGCAGAUCUCGCUUAUUCGGCCACCUCAGCUCAUGAAGACAUUACUCUGUCACGUCAUGGUAGAGGAUAUCAUUCACAAAUUACUGAUGAUGAUGCACCUAUUACAGAUCCCUCAGAAAAUCUUUAUUCUGGAUUUACAUCUUCUCUUAAAUCAGAUCUACCCCUUGAGUUUGUUCAAACGGCUUCUCUCAAAGUCAUCAACUUUGAGGCAUCCCAUAUGCAGUGGGGGUGUGUACGAGUGACGGGGAUGUAUGAUGAGUCUGUAGGAGGACGAAUUUCACCCGAGCAUUUCCAGGACUCGAUCAAAAUCCAUAAGAAAAAGCAUCGACAUUCUCGAAGUAAAAGCUCCCUUUCGGGAUCCUCAUUGGAAUUCAAGGCUACUGCCAAACGCCAACAACAACAACAACAGCAGCAGCAAAAGGAGUCUAUAGAACCAUCGUCAUGGGCAUCUGAGUGUCAGCCUAUCAAAGAAGAUAUAUCAGUCUUUAGGCAUUCGGACAGAAAUUCGGCUAUUACUCCAUUUAGCGAGCUGCAAAGAACAUUGGCGAGAACGUCUUCCUCAGAGCAACAUCAAGAACAACAGCAGAGCUCGAGCGACGGUCUAAAGAUCAAUGACACUAUUGCGCUGCCCUCUCUAUCGUCAAUUUCACAACAGCAACGACAGGAUUUACCAUCAUCGCCGUCGUCACCGAAAUCAAAUCCAAGCUCAGUAUCAGAAGAUUUAUUCCGAGCACCGCUUGAAUCAUUGAAGAGAAAUAGUGAUAAGCUGUUCUCUUCGCUCGCUUCAUCUUUAUCUACCACUACCGCUCUGCCAAAAAACCCGGUAAAGGACUCUGAACAAGGAAAAACACUACAUGAAAGCGUUUUGGAAGAGUCUCCUAUACCCAAGCAAAGUGAUGGUGCUGAGAGCAUGACGAAGAGGCAAGAGCAACAGAUACAGACAUUCCAAUUCCCGCCACCUCCAUCACCUCCACUCUUGAUCCCACUACCAAGGAAAACGAGCGUGAGUGCUGGAGAAGACCCUUCUACUACAACACCAUUGUCGCCACCCUCAUUUGACUCUGGUUUAUCAAAAACACCGAUCCAUUCGGGAUUUGCUCCGUUUUCAAAUCGUUUUCAUUCCCAGCAUAGCCCACCAUAUAUACAUCCAACGCCUUUUUCAUAUCAGUACUCUCAUAGUCCAUCCCCGACAUCCCCUCUAGCACGCGUGGUUACUCGAAGGAGGUCGUCUAGGCUUUCGAUCGUCAUGACGUGUAAUGAUGACUCGCCUGGUGCAACAGCCAAACCACAGAGUCCACUGGCAGCAGCAGAUGAUAAUGAUGAUUCCCAGGAUGGAGAUGCAUCACCACCACCCAAUUCGGCCAUACUGCAGUUUCGCAGGCGUAGCUCACUUCAGGAACAAAAUCAUGCAUCUAAACCACCUCUCGGCCAAUCCCCGACACGCUCACAAUUCCUUCGCAGGAGUUCUUUAAACCCGACGCUGUCAUCCUCGUUUAACCAUAGCGAUUUGUUUGGAUCAUUAGUAGGGUCGUAUGAGGAAUCGAUCUUGUCAGGAAGAAUGUCGACCUUGCCAUCGAAGCCCCUGAUCUUUACAGCACAGAUCGGAGUCCUUGCGAACCAAGAUUACAAGGACUGUCCACCCAAGUUACGAUGUCCUAAACAUGUUCAACUUGAAUUUCCGGCAGUCUUUUAUGAUUAUGAAAGUUCUUUUAAUGGCGGACAUAAUAGCCAUCAUAAUCACUCACAUUCACAUAGCCAUCAACUGCAUCAUUCACAUUCGUUUCAUUCCAAAGGAGCUCAUUCUUAUAGUCAUCAUUAUCCGCCCAUCAGCCCAUCAUCACAUCAUCAUCCUCUCUCAGGGUCAUCGUAUUCGAGCUCCCCAGCCUUGAACUCUUACUUUUCAUCCGCUAUGAACAACUCCGGAUCAAAGCCGGGCUCGUUCCCAUCCUCUCAUCAUCAUCAUCAUCAUCAUCAUCAUCAUAACCACCAGACAUUGACACAUGCGCAUACUACUGCUAUCCUGACAGCACAGGACGAGCCAAUUUUGCCAUACGUUGGGAAUUUAGACUUGGACAGUGGAUUCAGGGGAUCAAAACGGUUUGCAAGGAUGCCGGGCGGAAUGCGGAUCCCAUUACGAGGACAGGUACAAGUGAUGAUCAAGAAUCCAAAUAAGACGGUGGUAAAGGUGUUUUUGGUCCCUUACGAUUUUACUGAUAUGCCUGCAGGAACCAAGACGUUUUUACGCCAAAAGUACUAUUUAAUGGGGAGCCCUGGAUUGGGUGUUGCUUCUGCUACUGCCUCUGCUGUCGUUAACCCAAACAGCGGUAGUGGUAAUCAGAAUAGCAAUAAUGGCAAUAAUAGCAGCAGCGGGACUCUACGAUAUGCGAUCCAUUUACAGUUCUGUUGUCCAGCACCAGGGUAUGUAUACCUGUAUCGCAGCAUCCGCGUCGUAUUUGCAAACCGUGUUCCGGAUGGCAAAGAGAAUUUGCGUGUGGUGUUAGAAGGGCUAGGAAUGGGGUCUAGGACGAUUGCUGGAGAUACUGGAGCAGCCACCUCUACAACCUCUACAGCUGCUUUCACUACUUCCACUACUCCUUCGAGUACAUCAACUCCAACUCCCAGGAAACUGGAGGAACGGUAUGUGAAAAUGCGUAAAGGCGAAGUGAUGUUCUGUGCAAGUAAGCGCAAGAAGGAAAAGGAGUUGGAGCUGGAGCCAGAGAUGUCUAUGACCAUGUCUAUGUCAAUGGAUGGAGAAUUGCUGCCAUUAAUAUCUCAACCGCCAGCAUCCUCUCCAGCACUGGCUUCGAUCCCACGGGGACUAGGGUUAGGACUUGGACUGAGAUUUGAAUCAAAUAAUCAUCUUUCAAUGCAUCCUCAUGAUGCUCCAUACAGUGACAGCAAUGAGAGCAAUAAUAACAACUCCUCUUCUCCGUUCCAACAUACCCGUCAUCAACAUCAGUAUAAUCAGCAUCUACCUGAGCAGAUAUUGGAUUUUAAUGGACAACCAUUACCAUCGAACAAUGUCAGCAACGCACCAUAUCAUACUGGGAUAGACAUAGGUCAAAGCAUGGGCAUAGUGAACAAAAGUCAGAGUAUGGACGCAUCAACAUUUGAGAUCAGUGAUCUUAGUCGAUCAGGAAGUGCAGGCCCCUUUAUGAUGCCGUCAACCUUGACGGCUGCUACAACGACUAAUGCAACCAAUGCUGCAACUGUAGCAGGUGAAUCGAGACGAGGGACUGUCUCUGGAUGUGGGUCUGGAUCGGGAUUUGGAUCAGUGAAUUCCUUAAAUAUGGAGAAAAUAGACGGUGAUGGAGCUAUAGGCUAUUAUCGCAUGAGCCCAUUAUCUAAUGGUGGAAGCACCCUAGUCAAAUCGCCCGAAAUGUCCCCAUGUCUGAAGCACAAGCCCAUAUCCAUGCCAAUGCCAAUACCCAUGGCUGGAUCAAGUACAAGUAGUCUUUCGUCACCGAUCCUGACAUCGUCUCAUAGUACGAGUGCGGUAUCAUCUCCACUGGCCUUGCCAUUGACCUCACCAAUCUUGACGGCGGCAACGACGACCGCAUCGACCUCUACAUCUACAGUGGCAGCGGCAGCGGCAGCGUAUCUUGCGAUUGGCCGUAAAGAUAAGAGCCAGAUCAUUGGAAUUUAA